AUGGCGCAGGAUUCACUAGAAGAACAGCAAGGGUCCACGCACAGCGGCGGCGGCGGCGGCGGCCCACUGCCACAAGCAGCAACGCUGCUGACGAGCAGCAGCAGCCCGCAUCACGAGCUGGAGCCGUGCGACGAGCAGAGUGGUAGCGGAGGCGACACCGUGGCAGCACCGAGCAAUGGCCUGCAACUGGAGCCAGAGAUGCGCCCCGAGGCUCACGAUCUUGAAAACGAUUCGGCAUCUGUCACGACUUCAUCAGACGACCUGAGCCGCUUCUCUACCGGGCUGAGUGUUGAUCAACAAUCUGACGAUGACGCCGACUCGUCACUGGGGGAAGAAAGACCUUAUUCGACCCUUUCGGCUACGUCGAGUAUAUUUGACUUUGUCGAGGAGCAUGGCCGAACCUACCACAAGUACAAAGAAGGAAAAUAUUGGAUGCCUAAUGAUGAACAAGAGCAAUCCCGUCUAGAUCUCCAGCAUGCGAUUUGCACCAAGUUGUUCAAAGGAAAACUAGCCCUCGCACCAAUCGACAAGCCGAGUAGAGUGCUUGAUAUAGGCACAGGAACCGGCAUAUGGGCAUUAGAAUUUGCCACUGAGAAUCCACAAUCUGAUGUCCUCGGUACGGACGUGAGUCCUAUUCAGCCCUAUUUUGUUCCGACCAAUUGCCGCUUCGAGGUCGACGAUGUGGAAGAUGAGUGGGUAUAUUCGUACAAAUUUGACUAUGUCCACGCACGGCACAUGGUCGGGUCAAUCAAGAACUUUCCGGCCCUCUUCAGCAUGAUUUACGAGAACCUCAACCCGGGCGGCUAUGUCGAGUUUCAGGACUACUACGUCAAGCUGCAAGCGAUUGACGACUCUCUGAACGGGACAGCCUUGCAGCGCUGGAACAAUAUGCUCAACGAGGCCCUGGCCUUUACUGGCCGCAGUGGCAUGAACAGUUCCAAAUACAAGCGUUGGAUGGAGGAGGCCGGCUUCCAAGAUGUAACGGAGCACAAGUUCUCGGUUCCAGGGAAUCCAUGGGCUAAAGGAAGGGAGAAGAAAAGCCUAGGACUGUGGCAGAUGCAAAACAUCCUUGACGGUCUUCACGGAAUCAGCAUGGUGCUACUUACCAAGUUUCUCAACAUGAGCCCCGAAGCUGUAGAAGUGUUGCUUGUUGAUGUGAGGAAAGACAUACAGAAUCCUAGGAUUCAUUUCUACUAUCCAGUGUUGGUGGUGUACGGUAGAAGGCCCUGA